AGCUCUGCCUCAGCGGGGCUGCAGCUACAGGACGUACGCACUUCAUAGCUGUGUUUGGAAAAGUGUGCACGACUCCAUAGUGUAGAAAAAUGCACCGCAGCAGCUUACCGAGCCCAGUUUUGGCUCCAGUCAUGGAGGAAGCAGCUGCUGCAGCUCCAGCCCCUAGUACAGGUGCUGCCCCCUCAACCCCAAAACCUCAGCCUCCCUCCUUCGUACCUUCUCGCAGCCUGCUGGAGUGGAGACGGAGGGUCAAGUCUGAGUAUAUGCGCCUUCGCCAAUUAAAACGCCUUAAAAAAGCAGAGGAGGUCAAGACCCUGUUCAUGUCCAACAGGCAAAAGAUUGAGCAGCACACAAACCUCCUGAAUGCAGAGUGGUCCAGGCUCAGGAUUCAGUCAAUCCCUCUGUCGGCUGGUGGAGCGUUGGCCAGCAAGAAGAUGUGUCGAGUGGAGUUUGGCUUCCCAGCAUUCAAAGCUCAAGCCAUUGCCAUGAGACCUUUGUCAACAGUGGCAGGAAUCCCUUUCAUGUACUCCUGGUCCACUCUGCAGCACAACUUCAUGGUGGAGGAUGAGACGUUCCUUCAUAACAUCCCAUACAUGGGUGACGAGGCGCUGGAACAGGAUGAGGCGUUCUUGGAGGAACUCAUUGAUAACUACGAUGGUGUUCAUGGUGACAGAGAGGGGGGCUUCAUCAGUGAUGAAGUCUUUAAAGAGCUGGUGGAGGCCUUGAGCCAGUACUCUGACCACGAGGAGGAGGAAGAAGAGGAGGCAGCAGCCGCAGCAGCAGCGGCAGUGGAGGUGACGGGAAAGAAAGAGGAUGAGAGAAUGAUGAGGAGGAGCUCGGCGGAGGGUUCAGAAGAGACCAAAUCUGGUAGUGUGGCAUUCAUCAGGAGGAAGAGGAGGAGCACUACUGAGGUGAGGGACUCAUCCAGCAGCAAGAAGGUCCCCAGCGAUAAGAUAUUUACAGCCAUCGCCUCGAUGUUCCCUUACAAGGGCACUACAGAGGAGCUGAAGGAAAAGUACAAAGACCUGUUGGAGCCCCAAAGCCCGGUGAAGCUGCCCCCUCUCUGCACCCCUAACCUGGAUGGACCUUUUGCGAAAUCAGUGCAGCGGGAGCAGUGCUUGCACUCGUUCCACACACUCUUCUGCAGACGAUGCUUCAAAUACGACUGUUUUCUCCACCCUUUCCAUGCAACACCCAAUGUUUACAAGAGGAAGAAAGAGAUCCGUAUAGAGACUGACCCAUGUGGUGGUGGGACUGCUUCCGUUACAGAAAGGGGCUAAGAGUUUGUGGAUCAGAACAUGUUGAGAUCUCUGAGGUCUCGCAGGGGCCAGCAGCAGCGUCCCACCAGCCUCAGCUGUCCUGGACCGUCGGGGUCUACUGAGGAGGUCAAAGAGGGCGAGAGUGACCAUGAAACUACCUCCUCCUCAGAGGGCAACUCACGGUGCCCAACUCCCAAGCAGCAUCCAGGGGAUGAUGACGGGAAGGAGGAGAAGUGCUGUGUGGUGGAGUGGAGCGGGGCAGAGGAGUCACUGUUCAGGGUGCUACAUGGCACAUACUUCAACAACUUCUGCUCCAUCGCUCGCCUCAUCGGUACAAAGAGCUGCAAGGAGGUGUACGAGUUUGCGGUGAAGGAAGUCCUGAUCCAUCGUGUUCCUUUGGUUGAUGGAGGCAUCUCACCCCAGAAGAAGAAAAGGAAGCACAGGUUAUGGGCAAAGAUUCAACUAAAGAAAGAUAACUCGUCCAAUCAGGUGUACAACUACCAGCCAUGUGAUCACCCCGACCAUCCGUGUGACAGCUCCUGCCCGUGUGUGAUGACCCAGAAUUUCUGUGAGAAGUUUUGCCAGUGCGAAAACGAAUGCCAGAACCGCUUCCCAGGCUGCAGGUGUAAGACACAGUGCAACACUAAACAGUGUCCCUGCUACCUUGCUGUGAGGGAGUGUGAUCCAGAUCUGUGCAUGACCUGCGGUGCUGCAGACCACUGGGACACCAAAGGGGUUUCCUGCAAGAACUGCAGCAUCCAAAGAGGCCUGAAAAAGCACCUGCUGUUGGCUCCAUCUGAUGUUGCAGGAUGGGGAACCUUCAUCAAAGAGGCAGUUCAAAAGAAUGAGUUCAUCUCUGAAUACUGUGGGGAGCUUAUCUCUCAGGAUGAGGCUGACAGACGUGGGAGAAUCUAUGACAAAUACAUGUCUAGCUUCCUCUUCAACCUGAACAAUGACUUUGUAGUGGAUGCCACAAGAAAAGGGAACAAAAUCCGCUUUGCAAAUCAUUCAGUUAAUCCCAACUGCUACGCUAAAGUGGUGAUGGUGAAUGGAGACCACCGCAUUGGAAUCUUUGCCAAGCGAGCAAUCGUGCAGGGAGAGGAGCUCUUCUUUGAUUACAGAUACAGCCAAGCUGACGCCCUAAAAUAUGUGGGGAUAGAGAGGGAGACGGAAAUUACUUAGCAACCUGCUGCUUUCAUCCAUGACCUGUCCCAAAGUCCUCAGCCACCCACUCAUGCUUCUGCCCCUUUGUGCAGCAUCACAUCCAGCUGACGAAUCUCUAUGAACAGUCUCCACCCUCUCUGCUGCACUUCCAAAAAUAGAAAGUCCCUGCUGUUUGCAGGUGCUCCCGCUCGGUAGAGUCAGUGUCAGCUAGCUGCUUUCUCCCUACGCUGCCCGAAUCCACCCACCCACCCACCCACCUGCAGGACUGUAUACGCCAAGCUUAUAAAACUAAUCUAUUCAAGGUGAAAAUACUAUUAAUCCAUAUUGUUUACCGAACAAGAGGAUCAGAGGGUUUUUUUGUUAAAUCUUGUUUUAGCAAAGAGGUCACGGUUACCCAUCAUUCUGUGCUACUCUUUUGUUACUGUACUUAAAGACUGGCUUUUCUUUGACCUCUCUAUAUGUAAUGCAAGCUUUUGCAUCGUACCUAAUGAUGAUCAGUGAAAUGCAUGUGCUUACUCUUGGAUAAACAAACCAUUAAACAUGUUAGCUUCAGCGUUAGCUUCAGUCAGAUGCUGCUCUGUGCAAGUGGCAAAAUAUGUUUUUUGUGCAUUUAUAAUUCAUUGUUCAGCAAAAAAAGGCAACCAGACAAGAACCGACUGACUGAAUGUAACAUGUAGACGAUGGAGAAGAGAUCUCAUCCUUUUUUCGUUUUACACAUUAAACACAUUGGUACUCUAAGUAACGUACAUGCAAAUGCACAUGAAGAAUAGAUGACCAUGUUUACGUGAUCUUAAGAUCUUUUGUGAGAAAAAUAAUGAAUAAGCUAAGUAGCCACACAGUAAAUGUCUUCCUUUAAAAUAAUUCAAGUGCCAAAUGAUCCCACACAGAAAAAGGCUGAAACCGUGUGGUUGUGUUACAUAAUUAACAGAGGCAAGUUAAAGGUUAUGACAAUUUAAAAUAAGCAAAAUAAUCUGUAUUUGACCAAAUAUUCAAGUCCCCCACAUGUGAAUGUAAAAUACCAUGUAUCAUCUUUUCAUGUGUUGUAUUGUCCUGAUUUGUUAUUCUGCCUUUCAGUUAAAAAACAUUAAAGCCCACUUUGACAUGAGAUCUUUCUCAGUAGAGAUGAACAAAAUGGAGUUUACUGCUAUGUACAGUGUAUGCCUAUAAAAAUAAAAGUUUAACUUUAUACAUUAUAA